UACUUACCUAGACUAAGUAGCACAGAGUAGCAAAAGUCUUUAGAUCAUCUGGUACUUUGGUACUUCACCGGUGUUUGCAGAAAUCCUAAAAAAUGGAGCAGCUGCCUAAAACUCAAACCAUAGCUCUCAGAGAAAAAUUGAUAGGGCCUUCCUGUCAAUUGUUCUUUAGGAAAGACCCUCUCAAAAUUGUGAGAGCUAAAGACCAGUACAUGUACGAUGAGAGGGGUGAUGCCUACCUUGAUUGCAUCAACAAUGUGGCUCAUGUGGGACACAGCAACCCCUCAGUGGUCAAAGCCGGCUGCGACCAAAUGUCCCUUUUGAACACCAACAACCGUUUCCUACACGACGAAAUAGUCAUCUGCGCUCAGAAAAUCCUGAGCACCCUCCCUGACAACCUCGAAGUGUGCUUCUUCGUCAACUCGGGCUCAGAAGCCAACGACUUAGCACUACGUCUCGCUCAGAUCCACACCGGAAACAAGGAUAUCAUCGCUCUGGAACAUGCUUACCAUGGCCACUUGACAUCUCUCAUUGACAUUUCCCAUUACAAAUUCAAUCUUCCCGGAGGCGUUGGCCAAAAAGAACACGUCCACGUGGCUCCCUGUCCUGACUCGUACCGUGGUAAAUACCAAGACACCCAGUACAGCAAAGACGAACUGGGAUACUUGUACGCCGAAGAAGUGAGACAAAUCUGCGAAAAUGUCAAAAACAAAGACCAAGGAGUGUGUGCCUUCAUCGCAGAAAGCUUCCUAAGUUGCGGGGGGCAAGUUAUACCUCCUAAAAACUACUUCGAAGAAGUCUACCAGCAUGUGAGAAAUGCUGGAGGACUUUGCAUAGCUGAUGAGGUCCAAGUAGGUUUUGGUAGGAUAGGACGUCACUGGUGGGCUUUCCAGCAUUAUGACAUCAAGCCUGACAUUGUUACGAUGGGAAAACCUAUGGGAAAUGGUCAUCCAGUGGCUUGCUUAGUUACUACAAGAGAAAUAGCUGAUAGUUUCUUUAAUACUGGAGUAGAAUAUUUUAAUACGUAUGGAGGCAACCCAGUAUCCUGUGCCAUCGCCAACGCAGUUUUUGACACAAUCGAACGCGAAAAUUUGAGGGAAAAAGCUUUAGUAGUAGGAGAGUACCUUCUGGAUUCCUGCCAAAUGCUCGCAAAGAAGCACAAAUGUAUUGGUGACGUUAGAGGAUGUGGAUUAUUUGUUGGUCUGGACCUGGUUGAAGACGCUACUUCACGCAAACCCAACAAAAAGUGUGCCCAAUACGUUGUGCAAAGGAUGAGGGAAGAACAUAUCCUAGUUAGCGCUGACGGUCCAGAAUGUAACGUCAUCAAGUUCAAACCUCCCAUGGUAUUCACCAAGGAAAACGCAGACGAAGUAGUCCUUACCUUGGACCGUAUCUUGAAGGAAGUCAGACAUAAGGAACAACUAGACGCCAAAAUCAAGAGUUUGCAGAGUCAGCAAGCACCUGUCACCGUGGAAGCACACACCAGCAAAGACCACAGGCCCAGGAGAACGAUAUUCGAACAGACCAUCAAGUCGAUUUGAACAAGAAAAAACUGUUUUUACUUUUAUUUAUUUAUUAUUACAUUUACUUAUAUUAAGUAACGUUUAGGUUUAAAUAAAACACUAUAUUUUUACUGCCAA